CUUUAGUUUCCCCCCCCUGAAGUGUUCCAUUAACAUAAUUUCCCCAAUUGAAUGCUGGUUUUGUUAGGGGUUACCCGGGAAUCCCGAACUUGAUACAAAAAAUGGGGCUCUCAAGGCUACCAAGUCCAUCAGAAGGAAUGCUAUGUGUACUCUUGGUAAAUGCAGCUUUGUCUUUGUCUAUAAUUAAAGGCAUACUUCGGUCCAUCCUUCGGAUUAUCGGUAUCCAUCUAUCAUCGUCAUCAACAUCCCCGGAUUCUACUCGAUCAUUCACGGAUUAUAGUGAAAGUCCCGGGGAACCAUCUUCAUACCGCAAGGCAUCUAAAAUUUACAUCGAGGAGUUCCGGAGUAAGAUCCCGACAGUUCGGUUCGACACAUUAAGCAGCAGUGAGCGACCCGAGUAUGACUGCCCUGUCUGCCGGUGUGAGUUUGAGCCUGAAUCAGAGAUUAACCUCUUGUCCUGCGGCCAUACCUUUCACAAGGAGUGCGCGGAAAAGUGGUUGAGAUAUCUGAGGGGUACCUGCCCGCUUUGCCGGACUCCUAUGGUGGCCGAUGAAGAGUUUUCCAGCUAUUGGUGAGAAGAUUACAAGUGUGACGAGUUGGAGAAAAGUCUCCAUUGUACAGCCUGUUUACUUCACGUAUAGGUAUAUAUAUAGUUUCAUGUUGUCAACAUGAGGCUUAGUGUGUUAGGCUACCCGCAAGUUUACCUUGAUGUGGUGACGUGUUGUGUAAUUUUCAGGGUUUCUGGUGUUAUAUGCAAGUCUCAUUUCCGUCUUAAGCUU